AUGUUCAAAAAGAUAGAGAGUAAUAAGCCUUUCUUUGAAGCACUUGAGCAAAUGUCCAUGUACAAAAAAUUCAGGAAAGAGGUAAUCGCUGAAAAGAGACUAAUAGGAGAUGGGUCAAUAGCCAUGAAUGAAAAAUGUAGUGCAAUAUCACCAGGUAGGAAAAUCCCAAACAAGCAGAAUGAUCUUGGAGCGGUCACAAUCCCAUGCACUAUCAAAGAUAAAACUUUCAAGAAGGUACUAAUUGAUUCCAGAGCUAGUGUGAGUCUGAUGCCAUUGUCAAUCUACCAAAGGCUUGGUAUCAGAAAUGUCAGUGAUACAAGGAAAAAUCUGCAGUUUGCAGAUCACUCCAUAAAGAAUGCAUAUGGGAUAGCAGAAGACGUACUAGUGACAAUAGAGAAAUUUAGUUUUCCUGUUGAUUUUGUGAUCAUAGAUAUACCUGAGGAUGAAGAGACACCUAUCAUUCUUGGUCAACCAUUCAUGCGGACAAGUAGGUGCAAUUUCGACAUAGACCAUGGUACACUAGCUUUAAAAGUUUAUGAUGAAGAGAUAACAUUGAAUGUUCUUAAAAACAGGAAGCUAGAGGUGGAAAAAUAA